AUGGCAAUAAAGCAAUGUCUCCGGGUACUGGAGCAGCGGUUGUGUGGAGACGUUUGUUUAGUGAAACAGGAGUGGUCUCCUGAAGCAAAGGAAAUACUGGGUGAACUUGAUAGCUUUUUGGUCAAUGCUCGUAAUUCGCAUUCUACGAUUCAGUCGUAUUCGCCGGAGUCAAUUUCCGAGGAGAUCCGGAAACUGAAUCCGGGUUUGGGCACAAAGUUGCUGGGGCACUCUCCGUAUCCGGACGACACUGCUGCACGUAUUGCCGGCGUUGCCAACGGCACAAUAUAUGGGCUGGUCAUUGCUUUGGCGGCAGUACUUUCAGUCGAAGUGGGAGUAGCCACAGAAAUCUUUCUGCGAUGUGUUGACCAGAAGGACUUGUCAGGGAUGGUUCGACAGGCUGUCACCCACAACUUGUCCACCGUGCUAUCCACCCCACUGAAUCAGCAAGGCGAAGGCCGACUACCCGUGAAGCUUAUGGAAGCCUGUCUUGAACUCUGGAUCGAAGACCAGCUGCACUAUGUAGACACGUUGAUGAAAUUAUUCGAACUGGGAAACAAGAUUGUCGGCUACAACGCCUUGGAAAGAGACGUUGUAAGUGAGGAAGACUUAAUCAACGGAGGCCAACUGACUGGCGAUAGCAGCAGCUGUUCCGACGCUGACACCACAAUCAAACCUGACCCCGCUGACACGACAGACAACACAUUGCACAUCGACCCGCGAGAACAUGUGGCCGGAACAGAUCCCAGACCCAUGUGUCCGCAAACGAGAAAAGAGGUCCUUAACUUGCUAAAUAUACUGGAGGCCAAAGGCUGCUUCAAGGUAGUCGUGCAACGUAUCAUGUGCUGCUUCUCAUACUUCAAGGACGAGUCCAAGAUACAGGCCACUGUUAACAGCGCCUUGAACACAUCCGAGUCGCUGCUGGUGCAACUCGGCCUACAACUCCGCUCCGUCCAAAUACCCCCCGGGAACGUGCUACCGCAACUCAUUCACCUCACGCUCCCGCCCGAGUUCUUCCAAAUCACUGCAGCUCACCGCAAAUCCUUACUGAGCGCAAACCUCGGCCUACUGGCUUCCAUGACCACCGCCGUCGCACUUCAGACUAAAGACAACCUAUACGCUCUCAUCUCGCUUGCACCGCACCUCUUCACCAUCAGCCCCAUGUCCUUCAGUGCGGACAUGCAGCUAGUCGGACCUCAUAUCCGCGAAUAUGACCUCAUGGUCGAGAGCGCCAGCUACGAGACCCUCAUUGAAUGCCGCACCACACCACUUGUUACCAACGCAGUCGGUAGCGUCGCACCCGGCUCCAUUUACGGACUUCCCAGCCGCUUGGGCCAAACCGGCUUAACUCAAGCCGGCCUGGGCCAGACUGGUCUCGGCCAGACUGGCUUGGCCCAGACUGGCCAGGCGCAGCCUGGGCUAACCCAGGCGCCGGCUGGGCUAUCCUCCUUGGCAGGAUCUGACGGCUUUGGCGGGACGGGCGCAGGUGCAGACAGCCAGCCGGUGGUGCCGGUGACGGAGUUGUUCGAGGCAGGUCCGUUCGUGACGUUGGUGGUCAUGGCGGCGACGGACGGCACGGCACUACGGAUCCACAGCAAUGGCGCGUCGUGGACGACGACUCCCGCGACGCCCUCGGAGCAGCCGGAGUGCCUUCGCGGCGGCGCAGAGGACGUGGCACAGUUGCACGCGCCGGGUGCGACCGUGGCAUCGCUGUUGAGCAGCGACUCUGUCGACGGGCAAAUCUGUCGCUGGUUCCAUCGACUGCCCAAGGCGGCGGAAAGCCACAUCGCGUUCAUGUUUCUCCGGUACGCCACGGUGGCUUGCCACGCGGCCUCGACGCUCACACAUCAAAGUCUGCUGCGCCUCAUCUUUGCCGUGCAACAGCAGCUGGACCAGUUGUUUCCCCCCGAGCAGAGCGGCGGAUUGUUGGCGCCUCUAGAGCGUGAGCCGGCUACAAAGGGUCCGACGCCGAGUUGGUUCGAAGAAAAGGAGUUGGUGGCCAGCGCCGCGCUCUGGCUGGAUUCGCUGUUGCGCCGCUGUCCCGCUGUAGCGCCUCAGGUCUUCCCGAUGUGCGAGCGCCUCCUUAAACCGACGGCCGACCACGCACAACUCGUCGCCAUCACGGGCGCUAGUCCAUUCGACGAACUACAGUCGCUCGUCUUUUGCCUCGGACACCUCUACGUCACGCUCUUUGCUACCG